AUGACUGAUACGAAUGUCCCUAAUUUCUUGGAUCGGAAGCCAGAUUUCACGAACGACACGCCAUUGGAUCGAUUUUUCGACGAAUUCCAAGCCGAGAUCAUCGCUAAGAUUUCCGAAGACCUUACAGUCUCAGUGUAUGCAGAGGCCGGUUUUGCGUCGAACGGAGAGUUUGUUAGUGAACUCCUGCGAAGACUGGAGCUUUUGAAUGGCGUGGUCCUGCAGUCCGCCAAGCAGACAGAAAACGCGGCGAAACUAGUACCAAUCUCGCUGCACGACAUGAAAUACUUUGACGUCCUGGUAAACAUGAUUGUGAUCCAUGGGGUUUACGCGAAUCUUCCCGCUGGAGUCGGAAUUCCGUUGAACCAGCGACGGAUUGACAGUUUUCGGAAGGCUGACAAAAAGUAUGUGGCCUGCAACGGUGGAGGAGACGGAGUUGCGGAGAGGCUCGGUAACCUGCGACUCGUGGUUGAAUGCCUUUGCAGGGUGCUGAGCUGUGCACCGCUAAAGGAGAAUGUCGUAGGGAGCCUGCUCCUGAAAGGUGCAGGUUACACAGACUUGGUCACCGCACUUGUGGUGCUCUGCUGCCAGAGCCUGCCGGAGCAUCUUCGCUAUUCUGCUAUGUUUGAUAAGAUGGAAGGGUUGCAAGAGACCUACCAGCUGUUCUCUCUUUAUUCAUUGCUGGUACAUACAACUAGUGACCAGCCCAUGCGUGAAUUUGUACUUUCUAAGCUCUCGACGCUGCCAGUUAGAAGAGAAAACGGGGUCAUAAGUCUGGUGGAUUUUGUCGUUGGGGUACGCGAGGACGAAGAGAUUGACUCGAGCAAGUACAAUCGUGUCAGUCAAAUUUUGGUUGCCAAGCCCAAAUCCAUGACCAGUGUGGAAUAUUUUACCAAGCUGUUCGGCCAGAUCUACGACGGGCUCACAUAUAUCAACAAACCUAUUCUGGUAAGCUGUCUGAGCCAUGUGCUGAAUGAAUUCUAUUUCAGAAAUAAAAGAAUAGUUCACGACUUUUUGUUCAAGAGGAUCGCCAGAGUUAUCUAUAACGAAGAUUUGCAAGAAAUUUCCGCAAAAGAAUUGAACAACACCUUCAACGUUUUGAUAUCGCUCUCUAAGAAUCCAGGCAUCGAGCUGACUCAUGACCUUGCCCAUUUUGGGACACACAAUUUCUACCUUACGUUGUGGAUUUACAGUUUGUUUUUGAAGAAAAAUCAGAAACUGCCACCGCAGAAUAAGACGGGCCCUCCCAGUAGUCAGUAUUGCAUGGUAGUUCUGUCUCUGUUGAGGACUUACUUAACGAUUAACUCUGAUUAUGCUGCAUUGAAUAUGAUUGUUGCAAACUUGGUCAAUUUUGAUCAUGAAAAAUGGGGAUAUGGCAUUGAUCUGGAGACUCAGCUACCUUACGUCAAGCUUCUAAAUCAUCCCGAUAUUGAACAAGAGUUGAAGACUCUACAGGUUGAUGACGCAAAAAAGCUACAAAAUGUUCAACAAGUAUUUCUAGACAUCGAUCUAGCUAUAGAACACUUUGUGGAGCUCUUAAAACUACUGAACGAACCCGAAGUGAUCAAAAAUGUCUUUCUGUCAGUGCUCAGCCGUUGGGUUGCGAGUACCAAGAAGGCUAAUGAGGGUGGCUUGUCGGCAGUGGGAGAAGACAUUCAAAAUAGCCUACUAGUCUUAGUAGACCUUAAGCUGAUGGAAAAAUUAGAUGAUACAUUCAAAAGCGAUAUUAUAAGAAAGCCCCGCGAUAUCCUGGCUAUGAUAGACGAUUUAUUCCAACUUCCUGAUGUAAAAGAAGAUCAGGGAGAGGAGAUAGUGCAUGAUUCGGAUGAUGAUGAUGAUGAUGAUGAUGAUGAUGAUGAUGAUGGCGAUAAUGAUGAAAAGGCAGACGCUAGCCGUGGCAAUCGGGACGAACUUUUCUACAACCCUGGCACCACGAGCGUCUACCUCACUCUUCUCAAAUUGCUAUCCGCCAUUCUAACCACAACUUCGUCCCGGGAAUUGCAUCAAUGCCAGGAUGUCUUGAACUCAGUCAAACUAUCCUUGGAAAAACGAUCGAACGACAGUGAGGCACAGUUACUUGCUCGCAAAAUCGAGAACAUAUUGGAAAGUGGUAACGUCAAGAAGGCAACUCUCGAGAUGCAUCGUUCCUUUGAUGAGCUGGACAAGGAUUACGAGUUUCUGCAGAAAGCCCUUGCUAAUAUGAAUGACGCUUUGGUUCCAAUUCGGGCUCAUGGUCUCUACGAAUUACGACAGUUGAUCGAGCGUAAGUCCCCUGUGAUCGAGUUGCAACGUGUAGUUGAGCUUCAUGUACGCCAAUUGCGCGACAAAGAACCCUUUGUUUAUCUUAAUGCAAUCAAGGGCCUAUCUGCGCUGUGCGAGCUCGAACCAGAAGAAACAGUGGGGUAUUUGGCGGAACUUUACGGCAACGAAAAUCCCGAAUCUAAAAGUGCUCUGUCUUUGGACGACCUACUAAAGAUCGGAGAGGUUUUGGUGACCUAUAUAAGAAAUCAGAAUGAGUUGUUCGGUGGGAAGUUGGCCCACCAGAUUGUCGCAAGGUGUGUGGAUAAGGUGCGACAGUACAAAAAGCUCGACGACCGCGUGCGGAUGUCUGCUAUGUCAAUUUUGGGUGUCUGCGUCGAAGUCAACGCUCUGGGGAUCCGCAACGAUAUUUCUGAUAUUUUAGACUGUGCCGUUGGGAUACUCCGAUUGGAGAGAACUCCAGAAUUGCAUCAGUCGACGCAGUACGAAGGCAUCAAAAUAACUGAAGACACCUCUAAAUUGCUGAGACGUAGCGCUAUACACCUUCUUAAAGAUCUUCUGCAGCAUGGUGGGGCUGAAUUACUCCCUGCGACCCUAUCCAUUUCACAGCUGCUCGGUUUAUUGAAUCACGUUAAGUCUACUGACCCGGACUAUUUAGUCUACGAGCAAGCUGAUGCACUGCUACAAUCCAUCGAAAGCAUGAAAACAGAAAUACACGAGCUAUCUUACCAUUAA